CAUUGCCAAAGCUUUAUUAUUCCAAGUUUUCUCUUGAAGAGAAGAGAAGAUAAGAAGCCAGAGCCAAUAGAGAAAAACCCACUUUCACACUCUCCUCCCAACACUAACUAAUACUCCAAGUUUUUCUUCAUCAAAAUGAGGACUUCAUUAGUAUUCUUUCUUCUUCUUUGGUCUCAUAUCCUUCAUGGGGCUCAAGGAAUUCGAUUGGACAAAGGAUUUCUUCCAAUCAGGAAUAAACUAAUCCAGGAGGAAAAGAAGACAACUUCAAUCAAAACAAGUACUCUUUAUGAUGGUGCUGUUCUGUGCAAAGGAGGAGAGUGUACAGGAAAGAAUAGGAAACUUAGUACUACUACUGUCACUACUAACACCCACUCCAAAGAUGGAGGAAAUGAAGCUAAUUCUCUCAAACCCACAUUGAAGGGAAAAUCUGCAAAUCAUGAAGAAGUUGAUGAGAAUGUGAAGGCUAAUAAUUCUCCUGAUCAUCAACAACAACAGUACUAUGUGGACGUUACAGACAUUAAUGAAAUGGAUUACUCUCCUGCUAGAAGAAAACCUCCGAUACACAACUAAAAAAUGCAGUGGUGGCUAGAAUUAGAUGACAACAAAAGUAGAAGAAAACAAGAGUAUUAGUAGGAUAUUAUUUAUAU